AGAGAGAGAGAGAGAGAGAAGUGGGAGGGAGGCAGAGAGAGAGAGAGAGAGAGAGGUGGGGCAUGUUGAGACCUGAAGCCUCCUCUUGCUCCUCCUCCUCCUCGUCCAGAGCUGGCUCCCCAGCGAAGAAGGAGAAGAAGGAGAAGAGUCCGCUAGCCAAGGAGAGAGCCUUCUCCUCCGGACCGGCUCUUAUGUAAAAGCCCCUGAAAGGCAACCCGGAGGUCCCCUUUUCCACCCGAAGAGAUGUGCGAAGUGGGGACUCGCCCGCCUUUCCCUGCCGGAGGAGGAGGAGGGGGAGAGCGAGGCGGAGGAGAGACCCCGCCGCUGUCCAGCGCUCUCUCGCCCCCGGCCCUGCAGGCGGGAUUGCCCGGAGGAGAGAAGAACCGGGAGAUGGGAGAGCAGCCCAUCUUCACCGCCAGAGCGCAUGUCUUCCAAAUUGACCCCAGCACCAAGAAGAACUGGGUUCCUGCAAGCAAGCAGGCUGUAACUGUUUCCUACUUCUAUGACAGCACGAGAAACAGCUAUCGUAUUAUCAGUGUGGAUGGAGCCAAGGUGAUUAUAAAUAGCACUAUCACACCUAAUAUGACCUUCACCAAAACAUCCCAGAAAUUUGGCCAGUGGGCUGACAGCAGAGCAAAUACUGUCUUUGGCUUGGGCUUUUCUUCUGAGCAGCAGCUAAGCAAGUUUGCUGAGAAAUUUCAAGAAGUCAAAGAAGCCGCCAGAUUAGCCAGAGAGAGAUCUCAGGAAAAAAUAGAGACUUCCAGCAAUCAUUCCCAAGAAUCAGGGCGCGAAACUCCAUGUUCAACUCGGGCAUCCAGUGUGAAUGGAACAGAUGAUGAAAAAGUCUCGCACGGCGGUCCUUCUGAAACACAGCUGAAAACAGAGAACGACAGACUGAAAUUUGCUCUAGCCCAAAGUUCCUCCAAUGUAAAGAGAUGGGAAAUAGAACUGCAGUCUCUUCGGGAGAGCAAUGCCAGGCUGACUUGUGCGCUCCAGGAAUCUGCAGCCAGCAUCGAACACUGGAAAAAACAGUUCUCCGUUUGCAAAGAAGAGAACGAUCAACUUAGGAGCAAGAUUGAGGAGCUGGAGGAACAAUGCGAUGAAAUCAACAAGGAAAGAGAAAGAAACGUGCAGCUGAGCAAGCGCCUCCAGGAAUUGGAAGCUGAGCUUCAAGACAAGGAGUUGGAGUUAGAAGAUCUUCGGAAACAGGGUGAAAUCAUACCACAGCUGAUGACAGAAUGUGAAACAGUAUCUCAGAAAUUGCAGGCCGCGGAGAAGAGGAAUAAAGACCUUGAGGAUAAGGUCAGAGCCCUGAAGACCGAGGUGGAAGAGAGUAAACACCGGCAAACUCACCUUAAGACGGAGUUACAGACUUUUUUAGAUGUACUAGACGGGAAGAUAGACGAAUUACAUGAUUUCCGGCAAGGACUGUCUAAAUUGGGAGUUGACAACUAGGGAAUCGCAACGUUUCCCUCCCCUUAAGUGUAACAUUGCAGGUGUGCGUGGGUGCAGAUGUGUUUUAAUUCCUGAACAUUUCUUUCUUACACACAAACACACAGGUCGGUUCUUCCUGUUUUUGCAGUGUGAUGUGUACAUAGAUUUACAAGGUUAAUGCUUCUCCCUUCCCUUCCUUUUUUUCUUUCCCGAAAUGGUUGUUUGUUUACUCUUUCUUUUUUUGAAGGAGAGAGAGAGGGAAAAAGAGAGUGUUUAUCUUAUUGCUAUCGUCCUUUGAGAGUUGGUGACCAGGAGAGAGGGGUCUUGCCUCAGGAAAACUGGAAUCCAGACCCAAAAUGAAUAUGCAGUUGAGAUGUU